AUGAAAGCAAGUAAUCCAUGUUCACUUGUUGUUAAUUAUUCUGUACAGAAUCCACCUUAUGGCGCUGUAAUACUGUCCUGUAUAUCAAAAUAUUUACAAAAAUCGGAAUCGAGCCCCGUUGAAUUUAAUUUAGAUAAUAAAUUGCAAAACAAUGAGUUUUCUCUGAAUGGUAAUAAUUUAAACGAGGUUGAAUUGGCCAAGAAACUAACAACCUUGCUUCCCUACUGUGAUAAAUUGUUAGACGUUCCAGAAUACUCUGAAUUAGAUUAUUGGCUUAAGGUGUUACUGUUGGAAAGAGAAAAGCAUCUUGAAACUAAGAAGGCGUUUUUUGAAAAUGUGGAAUACUUUGAACAAAUGAACAAUCACCUGGCACACAGAACGUAUUUGAUCGGUUAUAGACUCUCGCUGUCAGAUGUCGUACAUUUUAGCUUCCUAAGAAGCAAUUGCAACGUGAAUUCACUUAAGAAUAAGUACCCACACCUAGUAAGAUGGUACAAUUUUAUUUCGAACGUGCCAGUAGGAACGUACGAAUGCCUGAAAAAAUACGACGCACCUGCAAGAGUACAAUACAAGAAGCCGUUUACAAAGCAGGAGCAGCAAGACAACUCCUACAAAGGAGUGCUGAAGGGAGCGGAGGAAGGAUGUGUAGUGACGAGGUUCCCGCCGGAGCCCUCAGGAUACCUGCACAUAGGCCACGCGAAGGCAGCAAUGCUGAACUAUUACUUCGCACAGAAGUAUAAAGGAAGGAUGCUAGUGAGAUUCGACGACACGAACCCGAGUAAGGAGAAGGACGAGUACGUGGACUCGAUCAUGGAGGACCUGAAGAGCCUUAACAUCAAGUACGACGAGCUGAGUUACACGUCAGACUAUUUUGACGUGUUCCAGGAGUACGCAGUGAAGCUGAUAAAAAAAGGAGUCGUCUACUGCGAUGACACGGAUGUGGAGACGAUGAGGAAGCAAAGAGGAGAAGGAAUAGAGUCAGAAGCAAGAAAUAACACAAUAGAAAAAAAUUUGGAGUUAUUUGAAGAGAUGAUCAAGGGAACACCAGUGGGAGUGAAAAAUUGCGUUAGAGCAAAGAUGGACAUGAAAAAUAAAAACAAGUGCCUGAGAGACCCAGUGUUCUACAGAUGUGUGACGAACGUGCCUCACCACAGAACAGGAGAUAAGUACAAAGCAUAUCCAACCUACGAGUUCGCAUGUCCAAUAGUGGACUCACUGCAAGGAGUGACGCACUCGCUGAGAACGAACGAGUAUUCAGAUAGAAUACCACUCUACUACUGGGUGCUGGAAAUGUGUGAAUUGAAGCACGUGGAAAUAUACGAGUUCAGCAGAAUGAACUUCAUAAGGACGACGCUGUCAAAAAGGAAGCUGAGGUGGUUCGUGGAAAACAAGUACGUCAAUGGAUGGGAUGACCCAAGAAUGCCAACAGUCAAAGGAAUACUGAGAAGAGGGCUGAAAGUACAGUCGCUGUUCGAGUUCAUACUGGACCAGGGACCGUCGAAGUCAGUGAACCUGAUGGAGUGGGAUAAGCUGUGGGCAAAAAAUAAACAAAUAAUAGACCCAGUGGCGCCUAGGUACGUAGCAGUGGCCUCGAACUGCGUAGUAAUGACAGUGAAGAAUUACGAGGAGCCGGAGCAGAAGAAGAGACCGUUACACCCGAAAAACGCAGACCUGGGAGAAACAGACCUGGCAUUCGGAGAUAAAGUGAUUGUGGAAAAGGAAGACUUUGACCUGAUAGAGGAGAACGAAGAAGUAACGCUGAUGAAAUGGGGAAACGCGUACGUAAAUAAGGAAAAAAGGGAGCUCACACUUAACCUUAAGGGAGACUUUAAGCUGACGAAGAAGAAGAUACACUGGUUGCCAGUGUCAGAAACACUUGUGGAGUGUGAGUUGGUGGAGUACGGACACCUGUUGAAGGUGGACAAGGUAGACGCUGAGCUGCUGGUGGACGACGACAGCAUGAAGGAGUUCCUGGAGCCAGUAACAGAGUGGGUGACGAAAGCAGUGGGCGAAAUAGGACUGGCGAACCUAGAAAAGGGUAAAGGAAGUCUACAAAAUCAAAUGUGUACAGGAACGGUGCUGCAGCUGGAGAGGAAGAGCUACUACAUAGUGGACGAGACGACGCAGUCGGGAAAGUUGGUCCUAGUGCAAAUACCGGACGGUAAGGUGGCAAAGACGAAACAGAAGAAGUGA